CGUCUCUAGUAUCCACCAUGAAGUUUGCCAAAUCCAUCUUGGCGACCUCCAUUCAUGCUAGAACAAGUGUGCAUAGUUCUGUGCUUGUUUUCCUCGCUGAUGCGGUUGAGAAGCAACCAAGGGAGGAGUUCCACGUGAGAUGGGGAGGAGCAGCCCCUGGUCGAGUAGGUGGCGACAGUGCCCAUGCUCACAUGUAUCUGCCACGCAGCCGCGUCGCCGGUCCAGCCACGUUGCCGGUCUCAUCACGCCGCGUUGGGCACCUGAGCGCACAACAGCGAGUCGCAUGGCACCGGACGACAUGAGCGAGA